AUGCAGAGCACGCGUUUGAGAAAAGCUUUUCGCUACCCAGAUGACGAGGACGACGAUGAACCUGUCGAUGGCAUCGACGAGGAAGAGCAAGACAAGCUCAUCGCCGAGAUCUCACUCGAAGACAUUGCCAAGACGGAGUUUUUUCAGAAAGCGUUCGUCAGCAUCCCCGCGCUGUCGCUGAUCCUGUACCUCCGCCCGCUCUUCUCGCCCUCCUCGUUCUCCGAGUUCCUCACCGCUUGCCUGGCCAUUACGAGUCUCUGCGCCUCGGCCUACAUCCUGUACUUUGUCCCGCUGCGCUCGCCGGGACGGUCGCCAACUGCGGCGAGGGAUCCCCAGACGUUCGAUGUGGUGAAUGCGCACCUCGAGUCCGGCAGCCCGAUUGAGCGGUCGAUAGGGUAUUUGAAUGGAGCGCUCUGCGCGGUUGUGGCUCUGAGCUCGUGGGCUGCGGGCACGAGAGUUAGUCCUUGGGAGGGGUAUUUGCCUGGCUUGAUUCUGGGGCUUGUUUACCUUGUCCGCUCACAGCUGGCGCCUGUUGAUGUUGCUGGCUUGGAACGUCUCAGGUAUGGGUAUAAGGGCGCGUGA